CGUAACUACCUUGAAGUGACGACGCCAAAACACCGAGACGCGCUUGUCUCUAUUGUACUGUCGACGCAUAAAUUAGCGGUGGAGUGCCUAAGAUGGACUACACCCACUACCGAGCAUGAAAAUAGACGGUGUCGCAUGUGUAUGGCUAACGUCGAGACCCACGAGUAUGUAUUAUUUCGUUGCAUCGGGGAUAAAAACAAUGACAACGAACUGGGGAGAAGGCAGUGCGUCUGGAGUGAUCUCGCUCGCAUGGCUCCACUCUCCGCACCCCGCGAGGAUACAGUACUAUUGAAAUCUUUGCAGGCUCAUCGUCCGUCUAUCGAGGUAAACGUGAAAUAUUGCUACCGAGUGCUGAAAAUUUUGUACAAGCUACCAAUG